AUGAUUAAAAGGAAAUACAAUUUGAAGUACUGUUGCGAUGACAUCUGCGUGUUCCCGAGUAGCACAUGGCGGAGCGGCAGCUGGGAAAAAUUCAGCCCCAGUUUCGGCUUAACGGCCAUUUCGACCUACCAGCUGAAGGUCCCCGCUGAGGAUGGCGGGAAAGGUGGCGGAGACCCCACAGUGGAGACGCACCACGGGGAGCAGAAAAAAAAGGGGAAGGUGUAUCUGUACCGACUGGAGGAAGACACCACUGAGGAUGGAGACCCAUCCGAAAAGAGCCCCCUCUUGACGUACCACAGUGAUAUAAACUUCCGCAGCGGCGUCCUCCAGUCGAGCUAUCUGUUCACCCACGACAGCCUCUUGCUGGGCAGCGUCUGCGUUAACGGUUUUCACUUGGCCCACGUGAAGGACGGAAGUCACCACCUGCUUUUCGCAACGCCAAAUGGAAGAGACAUCUCGGGGUCUGACGAUUGCUCCUUCGCAAUAUGGGACCUCAGAACGAUGGCAGCACCGUCAGCAAGGAAUACAAAGUCCCACUCGCAAGGCGUCACGGCGGUCAAGUUCGACAGCUUCAGUCAGCAGCUGUACACGGCAUCGUACGACAACAAGAUUCGCAUCUUCGACGCGCGAAAUGUGCAGAACCCCCUCCGAACAGUCGACGUGAAGUCCAGCAUUUGGCGGCUUAAGUUUCUGUACAAAGGCACGGACGUGAACGAACUACUAGUCGCGGCCUGCGACGGCGGGGCUCAGUUAUUCAAGAAGAUCAACGACGAAUUCAUUUUCGAUAAGGGAGUCCCCAAUGGGAACGAACUGACCUACGGGAUUGACGCCAUUGACCUUGCCGAUAUGGGAAAGGAAAAAAAAAAAAUUUACCUGUCUUGCUCUUUUUACAAUAAGGAAGUCCAAAUGUGGGCUUAG